CUUUCUAUCUUCUGUAUCUAAAUUUUUUUACUCUUUGAAGAGUGAUAAUUUUCACAAACAUGCUAGCGUUCCCUUCAAGGCCAGUGAUCAUGAUGGAGAGAAACCGAAAGUCCAACGUUGAACAUGCACCAAAUUGUCCUAGGUGUGCCUCUACCAACACAAAGUUUUGUUACUACAACAACUAUAGUUUGUCACAACCUAGGUAUUUUUGCAAAGCUUGCCGGAGAUACUGGACUAAGGGUGGUUCUCUCCGAAACGUCCCCGUUGGCGGCGGUUGUCGGAAAAGUCGACGUUCAAGAUCCGCUAGAAAAGACGAUAAUACCCUUCUAACACUGAAUCCCACCCUCUCCGGCAAUGAAGCUGCCGGAGCUGACAUUGAUCUGGCCGAUGUUUUCGCCAAGUACUUGAACCAAGGUACAACAAAUGAUAAUGAUCAUGAUCAAGAUAAUAUUCUUCAAGAAUCUCCCUUGGCUGAUCAAGAUUAUUGUUCUAUUGGAGCAAGCUUAUCAAAUUCUCCUUCAUUAGAUAGCUUGGUUAAUCCAAGUUCUUUUGAGAAUGAGAGUCAAUUGGAUGAGACCAUAAUUAUGGGUAAUUAUCAAGAUUAUCCUUGUGGUUUCCUUCAAGAGGAACGGAUACAAGGAGGUGAAUCAAUUCAUGAAGUAAGUGGACAAGAUUUUCUUGAUUUUAACCCAAGCUUUGUUGAAAUGCAAGCCAUGAUCGGGGAUGAAAUAAUGGGGCAAGGGGAAGAAUUUGAUUAUAACACAAGUUUUGCGUGGCAACCAACGAUGCAGUUUCAAGAAUUCGGAUCAAUUUUUGAAGAUAAUGAUCAGCUGAAGAUUUCGACAGCAAAUUUAGCCAGUGACAAUAACUACGGUUGCUCAUUUGAUCUAUCUAGCUAUGAAAUUUUUACGAGACCUUGAAGCCUAAUUUAAUUCUAAGGUGUAAGGGUCUUAUUCUUUCUCUUU